AUGUUGUUGUGGUCGUGACGCGGCGGCGGCAAUCAGCUGGUGGCGGCUGCGGCUCAACGGGCCCACGGAACAUUACCGCACGACACCAGCUUGCGUUGAGCGCAAUAGGAGGAAGAGGAGCUACAGUUGAAUAAAUACAGCAACGAUGGGAGACCGUGGCACAGGAAGAGGAAGAGGGAGGGGAAAAAGAGGAGAAAGAGGUGCAUGGGGAGGUUCUAAAAAUGAACAAAAAAUUACUACACCAAGGGAUGGAUUUUGGGCCUGGAACACUACUGGACCUGGAAGGAAUCCACAGCGUGAGGUUGAGAGAGUCAGUGCACCUCCUGUUGCCAAGAAAGAAGGGAAAAACAAACCCGGGGAGAGGAAGUUUGCAGAAGCCUGCCAGAAGAUCCAAGAGUCUGUGGAGCGUUACCUAGAGCGGCACGACCUUGUGCAGGAUACAGAUGAGGAUGAAGAUGAGGAUGACCUGGAGGAGGGAGCAAUCAUUGACCGAGUGUACCAGAGUUAUGGCCAAGGGGCUGAUGGGCGGACCCAACAGUACCUGCAAGAGGCUGUUAAGAGUGGUACCCUUGUUUGCCUUAUAUGCAUUGAUGGCAUAAAGCGCCUUGACCCUAUAUGGAAUUGUGGGGAGUGCUACAGCAGCUUCCACAUUCAGUGUAUCCAGAAGUGGGCCAAGGAUAGUAUCUUCCAGAUGUCUGAAGUCCAGGUUGACAGUGCCCUUGACCCAAGGGCUGUUCAGUCCAUGUCCAACCUUUCCUGGUGCUGUCCUAAGUGCCGUAGCCAGUACAGCCAAAGAGCCAUCCCUACCAGGUAUCUUUGUUUCUGUGGCAAAGCAACUGAUCCAAAGUUUGACCCUUGGUUGCCUCCACAUUCCUGUGGAGAGAUUUGUGGCAGGAAGCUGAAGCCUUUGUGUGGUCACUCAUGUCUCCUCCUCUGCCAUCCUGGUCCCUGCCCUCCCUGCCCAAAGAAUGUGAGUAAUUCCUGCCAUUGUGGCCAGCAGCCCCCCAAGACAAGACGAUGCUCAACUAAGACCUGGUCAUGUGGCCAGCCAUGUGGGCACACAUUAAGUUGUGGUCAGCAUUCCUGUCAGGAGCCGUGCCACCCUGAAGACUGUUCACCGUGCCCAAGGAAAAGCAUGCAGCCGUGCUCCUGUGGUGCCAGUACUCAGCUCCGGGAAUGUGCUCAGCCAGUCUGGCACUGUGAUAAGGUGUGCAACAAGCAACACAGCUGUGGUCACCAUUAUUGCCAGCAAGUUUGUCACAAGGGAAAGUGUGGUCCUUGUCCAAGCAGUGGAUUGCGAACAUGUCCAUGUGGCAAAACUUCCCACACACUCCCCUGUACCCAAGAAAUUCCCAGCUGUGGAGAUACAUGUGGAAAAGAAUUAGCCUGUGGAGUCCACCUGUGUGCUGAACGUUGCCAUAAAGGAGCCUGCCCUACGUGUCUACAGUUCCGGGUAAAGCAGUGCCAUUGUGGGGCUCGGGAAAAAGAGACUGCCUGCAGCAAAGAAUUGGUGUGUGAGCUCAAGUGUAAAAAUUUGAGGGACUGUGGCCGCCACACCUGCAGCAGGAAGUGCUGUGUUGGGGAUUGUCCACGGUGCGAGCAGCAGUGUGGUCGAACGCUGGGCUGCCGCACUCACCGCUGUGGAAGCCGUUGUCAUCAGGGGCCAUGUUAUCCAUGCUCCAUUACCCACACACUGACCUGCAGGUGUGGCAAGACCUCCAUCACUGUCCCAUGUGGCAUUCACAAGACAGCUCGUCCUCCCAGGUGCUCCCAGCCCUGCAGGCGGCCUCCAGAUUGUCACCACCCAGAACGGAAGAAGCACAAGUGUCACCAAGGGGCGUGUCCUCCAUGUUCUAUGGUGUGUGGCCUUGAGCUGUCCUGUGGGCACAAGUGUCCACACUCAUGCCACCAUGCAGUUCCUGUCAAGGUGGUGGACAAUAAGAAGCGUGCUGGUCCUUGGGAGCCCAUUGUUGCCCCUCACAUUGAGAUCCAGAAGCAGCCGUGUCCUCCAUGCCAGGUGCCUGUGCCCACAACAUGCUUUGGCCACCAUGAGACUCCAGACUGGCCUUGCAGUGAUCUACGUCCUUAUUCCUGUGGGAGAAAAUGCGGUCGGGAGUUGGCCUGCACUAAUCACACCUGCCAGCGUGAAUGUCACACUGUAGAGGGUGCCCCAGAUUCUGUAAAAGCUGGCACCAGUUGUGCCCCUUGUGAGGCACUCUGUUCCAAGCCACGACCUGAAGGUUGCACUCAUGAGUGUGGGAAGCCAUGCCAUCCAGGGAAGUGUUCUGCCUGCAAGCAAUUGGUGAAAACUAAGUGCCAUUGUACUCUAACUUUCCUAUACCUGGCCUGCCACUCCUUCACUAGUGGCACCUCAGAACAGAAAGAAGCAAUGCAGAGCUGCAAGAACCAAUGCAACAAACUGGUAUCAUGUGGGCACCGGUGCAGCAAAGAGUGUCACAGCGGACCGUGCAGCGAGGCACAGGACUGCCACAAGCGGGUGACCAUUCGCUGUGCUUGCAAGAGGUUGCGUAAGGAAUAUCCAUGCCCCUUGGUGACAAGUGGGAAAGUAAAACUGGAAUGUGAUGGAAUUUGUGCCAUCAAGUUGGAAGAAAAGAGAAAGGCACAGGAGGAAGAAGAGAGAAAGAAAUUAGAAGAGGAGCAGGCUAGGCAACGGAAGGAAGUGGAAGAGUUUGAGAGGAAAUUGGAAGGGAGAAAACACCGGCGGCGAAACAGGCACCAGAUGGAGCCAGAAGUGGAGCCCAGUUUGUGGCAGAAGCAGAGCCGACUACUGCUUGGGGCAGCCAUUGUGGUGGCCUUGGCUGGCUUCACCUUCUACCUGCUCACAUCUGAUGACUAAGACACCAUUGAAGAAAGCAGUGUUGUACACAGUAGGCUGCUAUGCACUAAGAAUAAAUGGGAGUGGUGGCAGGACAGCUGCUCAAACCUCAGAUAAGGACAGUAAAGUAUAUACUGUGAUAUUUUGAUAAGGGGAUAAUUAUUAGAGGUUACUGCAGGUUAAUGGUCAGUCUAGAUUUAUUUGAAAUUAUUUAUGUUUGCUGCACUAGAUCCUUCUUUCUUGUCUUGUGGGAAAGCAAACUCUUGUGGGGAAUAGUUCCUAGCCCUCCACUUUUCCUCCUAUUUAUUGAAAAAUCAUCUCAGCUUCAAGUCUUUGGCUUGAAUAUGAGGUUCACUACCCAAGCAGUACACAGAAAUAGGCCCUACUAAGUAGUGAUGAAUAAUAAUAGUACUACUUUUUUAUGUUAAAAGGCAGCAAGAUGUGUGAAUGUAACCAUUUGUACUUAUGCAUUUCAUCUAUUUCUUCUGAAUAUUUUUUUUUUCUUUGGAUUUGAUUAAUUUACCCUUUUCUUUAAUGUUAUCUUAUGUAUCAGAAUGAGAAGUCUACCCAUGAUUUCAUAGUCAUCUGCUCCACAUUAAAAUAGAGAAUGUUUGAUGACACCAAUUACCAUGAAUAUAUUGGUAGUUAAGGUUUCAUCAUCAUUAUCCUCAUUUUGAAAGACAAGUUCAUUGCUUACUUGGGUCAGCUUUUGUUACUGGAUGACAGCUUCCCUUUUAUGCUCAUUUAUGUGAUGCUUAAUUUCUUGGCCCUUCCUUAGAAUUUUGGUUUGGUUUUGAUCUGCUGUCUUCUUAUUCUGUACUUUCUACCUCAAAAUAUAACAACUGAACAAUCUUCUUUUGUUGAAUAUCUUUUUCUCUAUCUCCAGUUCUUGUUCCCUAUGGGAGCAUGCCUCAAGGAAGUGGUCAUGACAGAGGAGCCUUCAUCUCUCCCUAUUAAACACUCCCUUCUCACUAUUCAAGCACUCUGCCUGUUUACACCUCUCACUCAUGUACUUCCUUAUGUUAUUCAUCCAUAUCUUCCAGUUCACUCAAACUUUCUUUACAAAACUCUCCACUCUUCAUCAUCUCAAUGUGGAUAAAUCAUGUCACUGUAUUUCCCUUUGCCCACUCAAUUCUUUAUUCUGUUUGCACAGGUGUUUGUACCACCUCUUAUGUUUUCAUUGGUCUCUUCUUACCAUCUUGCCACUGGACAUGCCUCUCAAAUAACUUGCACAGGUGUUUGUACCACCUCUUAUGUUUUUAUUGGUCUCUUCUUACCAUCUUGCCACUGGACAUGCCUCUCAAAUAACUCAGGAUGCACUUUUGACUGCCGAGCUCUCUUUUAUGUCCAAGUCUUUGAUCCAUAUGUGAAUAUUGGCAGAAUACUCUUUCUUAAAUCUCUCUAUAUCCAUUGUGCUGAAUAGAGUAGAUAAAUGCAUCAGGCAUCAAUUGGUAUAUGUCCCUCUUCAUAAGCCAGUCUUAUUGUUUAUUUAUUCAUUUACAUGUAAAUUGUUUAGAUUGUGUCCCUCACCAAGCUCAGUGCAGGGAGUAGAGUGAAUUUUUAGCAUAGAAAAAUCUUGCUUCUUUGAUUAGUGCUUUUCAUUUUCUCUGAAAUUUAGAAAUUUCUAGCCUUUUCGAAGCAGAAAGUGAGUUUAUUCUUUUUAUACAAACUUGCAGUGAAAGAAUCAACUAGAGAGGUGCCCAUAGUUCAAACCGAGUUGCUAAAGAGUGCAAUACAAAUUAUCCAUUCUGGAAAUUUGUAAUGUCUAGUUACUCACCUUCACACUCUGUUUUCUUGCUGUGGCUGUCCAUAGCACAAGACCAGGGCCUUCAUGGGUCCCUAUCCUGAGGGUAAUAAAUUGCAUUGCCCAGACACUGUUCAGCAGUGUACCCAACAUCAGAUGAUAUCCCUAAUUAAUAUGUUUCCUUAUCUUUGAAUAAUUCCACAUCUUGGUGCAAUUAGCAGCAUAUUUCUUUCCAAACAGAUCUGGCCAAAAUUUGACUCUUAUUUAUGUAGGAUCAUUCCAUAACAGUGGGUUGUGUUCAGUGAGACACUGGAUAAUCUGUAUUGUUUCUGAUUUCUAAUUUCUCCAGAAGUUUUCAAGUUUAGUGACAUCUGGGUCAAGAGUAUGAUGAGCUAUAGACAUGCAUAGAUGCAACAGACUGUUGUGUAAUGUAAAAACUUAUAAGUUAGAAAAAAUCCAAAGGGUCUAGGUUGCAAACAGUGGAAAUGUGAAUCUGAGUUUGUGUUGUGUGAAUAGAGUGGGUGAGAGAAGAUUAAUGAAAGUGUGCAUAUAAAGAAGGGUUGGUAUGUCUAAGAAAGGAUAACAAAGGAGUUGUGGAGUUCAGAUGAUUGAAACAUACAGUAGUGUAGUAACUAAGAUUCUUAUCACAAAGAGUACACUGCCAAUCUGCCCAUCUCUAAUCAAAUUACUAUGGCUAACUAGAAUGAAAUCAUGUUUACAGCAGCAAGGAUUAUCAUUUUUAUAUAAAUGUCAUUACAAAACCAACUCUUCAUACUAGUUCUACCUCAGACUACUUUGUUCCUCAUAUUUUGUUUGUUGCUGGAUAAACCAUGAUGGGUCUGGGCCAUGUCAGUUAUUGAGGAGACGGCAUCACUGGUAGUGUUGGUCCAUACCAUCACCUCCAUCUUUUGCCAAUAUAUUGUGAAAAUUUAAAUUGUGACACCAUUCUUUUCUAUCAGGAUACAGAUUUGGAUUUUUUUCUUCAAGAUAAUAUUUGGGUAUUAAAGCAAUGCCAGUGCUAAUCACAUAACUCAGUUUUUUUAUUAAUGAGUUAACUUCAUUCGAAAUCAUAUUAAUGUUAUAGAAAAUAUCUACAUUAUAUGAAGUUCAGCACACUUAUGAGUUCUCAAGGAUAACUUACCAGUCCAGAGCCAUUCCCUGUCUUCAGAAAAAUAUUUAUAUCAUAUCUACAGUAAAACCAUCUGCACCAUAAAACAUCCCAACUGUUACAUUACAGAAAAAAGUAUUAACAUAUAAAGAUGCUUUCAUUACUUAUUAUUUUUUACAUAUUCUUUCACUUCUCAGCAAACAUGAUCAAUAUACUGAACACACAGUGAUUGGUGAGCUUGUCCUUAGUCUGGCAUUUCAUCCUCUCUCCCAAAUACAGUAGAGAAGUUUUGUUAUAAAUGCAUACUGUUGUAUAAUACAUUUAAUAAAUAAAAUACAAAUACUA